CGAGCCAUGGCGGGGCCGGGGCUGCGCCCGGCGGGGCUCGGGCUCUGCCGCCGGCUCUGCGCGGCCCCGCGGGGCCCCGGGCGGGCGGCGUGAGGCGGCACAGCUGCCCCGGUGCCCCCCUCGCCGGGCGGGGGAUGAGAGGCGGCGCUGCGGGGGCUGCGGGAGCGCGCCGGGACCCACCAUGCGGGAGCUGGCGAUCGAGAUCGGCAUACGGGUGCUGCUCUUCGGCGUCUUCGUUUUUACAGAAUUUUUGGAUCCAUUCCAGCGGGUGAUCCAGCCAGAAGAGAUCUGGCUGUAUAAAAAUCCCUUGGUGCAGUCAGACAACAUCCCUACACGUCUCAUGUUUGCAAUUUCGUUCCUCACCCCACUCGCAGUCAUCUUUGUGGUGAAAAUAAUCCGUCGAACAGACAAGACUGAAAUUAAAGAGGCUUUCUUAGCUGUUUCCCUGGCUCUAGCUCUGAAUGGUGUCUGCACAAACACAAUUAAAUUAAUAGUGGGAAGACCGCGUCCCGAUUUCUUUUACCGCUGCUUUCCAGAUGGAGUAAUGAACUCUGAAAUGCACUGCACAGGUGAUCCAGAUCUGGUGUCUGAAGGCAGAAAAAGCUUUCCCAGUAUCCACUCUUCCUUUGCAUUUUCAGGCCUUGGCUUUACCACCUUCUACCUGGCUGGGAAGCUGCACUGCUUCACCGAGAGCGGCCGGGGCAAGAGCUGGAGGCUCUGUGCAGCCAUCCUGCCCCUCUACUGUGCCAUGAUGAUUGCCCUGUCACGGAUGUGUGACUACAAACAUCACUGGCAAGACAGCACUACCCUCCUCUGGGCAACACAGCUUGUCACAAAUCUUACGUCAGCCUGCUGGAUCAGAACUCUGUGAAGAAGGAAGAGCGACCUACAGCAGAUAAUGCUACUGGGCUGCCUCUGGAGGGAAUAACUGAAGGUCCCGUAUGACUUUUGAGAAAUGUGCAGAACGAACUUUUAAAGCCUUCUCACAUUUCCUCCCAGCUGGUCUCUUAACAGUGUUUCUUACUGUGUUUUGGUUUUGGUUUUGGUUUUUCUUUUGUUUCUUUCCUUUUUAUAAAGAGAAGUUAAAUAUUUUAUUUUAAUACCAUAAUAUCUUCAUACUUCUGAAGUUAAUUUUUCAGUUCAUAUUGACUUGUUGUUGCAUUACCUGUUUUCAGUCUACUGCAAACAGAUCUAUUGAGGGAAGGGGAAAGAAUUACAAACAAUCCCCUAUGGAGAAUGGCUAAGAGAGUAAUUUUAAGGAGAUGUGGUUGAGGAUAUAGUAGAUCUGGAAACAGAUUUUUCUGAGCUACUGACUUAACCUUCUACAAAGUUCUGGUCAUCUUCAGCACUCAUAGAUUUUGCUGGGUGGUGAGUACACACAGCACUUUUCACCAGGUGUUCAGCAUCUGUUGGGGCCAGCCAUAUAAUUUGAUAAUUUAGGGCAUCAUCCUUAUGUUUAUCUUGUUGCAUUCUAACAUAAAAAAAAACCAAAACUCCAUAUGUCGGCAAAACUUUGCAUUAAUUGUCAGGCUUCGACAAGGUCAUUCUGAGCUACUAAUGAUAAAGCAGAUGGAAGGUAUGAAGGGUUAAAUGUUUGUAAGAGCCAAGCUUCAUGCAUUAGUAGUUCUUCAGGGUGACUCUCACAUUCAAGAAACUCCAUGCUGUUCAAAUUACCAACUCACAAUAACAUAGAUAUUCACAGGACGGACUAAAAACUUGAUAUUACAUCCUCAGCAAUGUUUUGACAGCUCUUGCAGUAAUUACCACCCAGACAAAGCGAAAGAAAAGAACACCCAUGACAUUCCACAAGCUGAAGUCUUUAAAAGAAAUGUCAUUUAAAAAAAAAAUAAAUCUUAAAACUGGGAGAAUAAGGAAGCACAGAGUUUUGUGUGGCCCUGGUGUGCCACGUCCGUUCUCGUGUAGUGCCUCACCACGGCACUGGCCAUCUACAGAAACGCAGAGAUUUUCAUUUGUGACUUCGAGUGCCUGUGGUGGUUCCAGCGCUGUAACGUGUCCAGAGCAAGGCUGCAGACAGUUUUCUGGGAAGGCUGGCUCGGUGCCUGACUUGAAACUCAACAAAUCCGACCGCUGUUGGUGUGGGGAAGGUUCCCGAGCGUGGGACUUGGGUUAAUUUAUUAGCACUGGGACUCUGUUUUGUUGUGUGUAUGCACUAUGCAGUAUACACCACAUUCCUGUGAAAUGAUGUACCUUUGGAUGGCAGGAUGUCGGAUUCCAGAUGUUUUUUCCCUUAGGUAUCCUGUGAAAAAGCAGGCAAGUGUUCCAGACCCCAUCUUGGCACUCGGAGCUGCUGGUUAAAGAGAUGAAGAUAGCGCUGAUCGACGACCAUUAUUACGGUGCUUUAGACUGGAGGAGACUGCUGCCAUAACUAUAAUUUACGUGUUCCUGUUGGAAUAUGCAUUGGCCUCGUAGGCAUUUUGUGAUUCAAACAGCUCAGUGUCUUCAUGUAAGGCUUGUCAUUUACUUUUCUCAAAGCUAAGCUUUGUAGGUUUGGUUUUUUUUGUUUUUUGUUUUGAGAAGAGCUACUUCCUGAUUGGCAACACUUGAAUUUUUAUAGAAAGCAAGUAAAUUUAGAGUCCCUUUAAAAAUAAACAUAAUGAUUGUGUACAAGAGGAUGCAACCUUGCUAUGUAUAAACUUAUAUGAUAUUUGGAAAUAACUACAAAUAGGAAAUGGCAUUAGGGAACAGAAUGUGCUAGGCAUGAACCCAGAAGUGUUCUGGAGAAAUCAGGCCUGAUCUACUUUAAAACUGAUACCAGUUGGACUCUGUCAGUGAGAGGUGGGAUGUUUUCCUGGCAGUUACAGAAUUCUGAACUCUACAGCGGAGACAUUACCCAAACAUUGCUGGUGAAUAUAAAUUCACAAAACCAGCAUCAGCAAAGCCAAGUUAUUCAGCUUUUGCACUGGAUUUGACAGAACACUCCUCUGGUGUAAUUGAGGUCUAAUUCUAGAAACCCACACAGUCUAGUGGAGGUUUAAUCUUCCUAUGAGGUUUUUAAACCAUCCUACAGAAUUCUGUAACAGAUAUAAUUUUCUAUUGCUUCACAUGGGAGGAUUAAAGAAAGCCCUAGAGGAGGGGGCAGGCUUAGCCAUUAGCUUUUUCUUUCAGCAGGAACCCUAGUCUUCCAGGUUAUAUGCAAAUGUUAAAAAGAAAAAAUAAGUAAAUCUUAAAUCAAAUUAGAAGUUUCAUACUGAUGCAUAGAGCAUUUUGCAUGUUUUUAUAUAGAUCUGGCUUAUUCUCAAAACUGAGUGGGGCCUCCUAAGUGUGCUGUACACAUUCCCAGUGUUUUAAUGGCUUUUGAUACAAACAAGCUGUCUGCUUUGGGCUGGGGGAAGCUUGUACAGCCCUCAGAUGAGGAGUGGAUGUUCAAAGGUUGGGUAUGAAGUGUAACACGGCAUAAAAACUUAAAUGGCAGGAGUAAUUGGUGAAGUUGGAAAAGCAGUAAGGAAUAACACGUUUUAAUGGGAAUAAUUAAAUUGAGAGUCAUAAAACAGGCAGUGUAAAAGCUUUGAUUAAAAUGUAAUUAAAGUUAUGAAGGACUUAAUGGAAUGAAACUCGUGGAGGGAUCUGUAGGUGCCAUAAUCACCAGUGCAAAGUCAGCAUAGGGAAGGCAUUUUUGUGGAUCAGUGUAUUUUAAUCUCAUGCUUUCUCAGUGUGAAGGAAAUGUAAUGUUGUAAUGCACCAAUAAAGCAACACCUGAAUGUGGGUUUGUA